GCUCUCGGCGGGUGACUCAGCAGACAAAAGCGCACCGCAACAAACACAACAUCCCUGAUACAUUUUUAUACCCACAUUUCAUAAUCAGUUUCUGCUUCUCUUUUAAGUUUUUUCGGUGCGCAAACUAAAGAAAAAGUAUUGCCUAUGCAUUCACAUUUCUUCUCAAAUUGAUGCAGAAAACAAGAUUUUGCAGAUACAAGAGGAUUCUAUAUUUCUUUCCCAAGGGAACUUUCUGUAAUUAUGUGAUCUGAUGCCAUAACUGGCCAUUCACGCCCGAGGCUUUAUUACGCAUUGAAAAAACUUAAGAAUGGUAGAUUUGUAGCCUAAGUGGAUUCUUGUGAAGGGGGCAGCUAAAAUGGCAUGGCUGAAUAAGGUAAGUUUCACAAAUUUUCCCGAUCUAGCUGGCGCUGUCAACAAGAUCAGUGAAAGUGUGAAGAAUAUUGAAAAAAAUUUCGACUCUGCACUUGGCUUUGAGGACAAACAAGAUGCAAAUGAUACAAAUGGAGACAGAAGAACUCUGUUCGACCCAACUGCAACCCUAUUGAAGCAGAGAGAUACAGAUGACAAUAUUGCUGUUGAAGAAGUUUCCCAGUCUUCUAAAAGCACGGCAUUGCAAGACGCAACAAAUAUAUCAUCGGCUCAAAGUCCAUUGGAAACUGUUUCUAAAGAUGUUGCUUCUCAAUCUGAAGAGCAGGUUCAAGCACCUCAAUCCAGGGAAGAGGAUCAGUUCCCUUCCACAAGAAGUGAGGAGGAGCAUCAGCAUAGUCCUUCAGCCUUGGAUCAAGAUGAGCAUUCAAAUCCACCAAAGGAGUCAGAGAAUAAUAACAAUUUAGUUCCCGUGGAAAAUGCUCAGAUAGAAGCUAAAUUUCAAGUAGUUUCAGAGGUGACUCUUCCUAGUGAAGUAUUGGAAUGCCAGGAACUACAACAUGCUGAAGUGGGUCGUUCAGAAGAUUACUCAGAUGGAAAUCACUUGUUAAAGCUUUCAGAGUUAGUGGAAGAAGUUGUGCCAGCCCCGGCAGAGAAUAAGGACGAAGUCAAGGAUUUGCAAGAAAAUGUAUCUCAGGAAGAGAUUGCUUUCCAACAGCCUGACUAUGAUACUAAUUUAAUAAGGAAAGCUAAUGCAUGUAUCCCUUCUGAUCCUGAACCUAGUAAUUUGCCAUCAGUUACCAUUGAUAGCAAGGAUGAGAGUACGGUUGAUGCAGCUGAGAGUAAUGAGAUGCUCGCAGUUGAUAAAUUUUGUGCUGAGGAUAAAGCUAUGCCCUACAGUAAUGGGAUCUCAGACAAAACAAUUAUUGCUAGUGCUGGACAUACUCAAGAACUGGAAAAGGAUGCUGCCAUGGGACAGAAUCAAUUAGAGUUGCCUCUCAAGCCAGAUUCAACUGUGUCUCUUAUUGUAGAAAGUGAUUCUGAAAUUGAGAAGCUAAAGAGAGAGAUGAAAAUGAUGGAAGCAGCUUUGCAAGGUGCUGCACGACAAGCUCAGUCAAAAGCAGACGAGAUUUCAAGAUUGCUGAUUGAAAAUGAACAGCUGAAAAAUACAAUUGAGGAUCUUAAGAAGAAAUCACCGGAGGCAGAAUCUGAUGCAUUACGUGAUGAAUACCAACAACGUCUUGGGGCUCUUGAACGGAAGGUUUACGCUCUAACAAAGGAGAGAGAUACACUCCGGCGAGAACAAAGCAGGAAAAGCGAUGCCUCUGUCCUCCUUAAAGAAAAGGACGAAAUAAUCAAGCAAGUUAUGGCUGAAGGUGAAGAGCUUUCAAAAAAACAAGCCGCACAAGAAGCUCAAAUGAGAAAAUUGAGGGCUCAGAUCCGGGAAUUAGAAGAAGAGAAGCAAAGGUUGAAUUCCAAGUUACAGGUAGAAGAAGCAAAGGUGGAAAGUAUUAAAAAGGAUAAAGCAGCAACGGAGAAGGCAUUACAGGAAGCUGUGGAAAGUAGUCAAGCAGAACUUGCUGCACAGAAGGAAUUCUACACAAAUGCAUUAAAUGAAGCGAAGGAGGCAGAGGCACUUGCAGAGGCACGCGGAAACAGUGAAGCUAAAACAGAGCUUGAGCAUCGUUUGCAUGAAGCUGGAGAACGUGAGGCAGCACUUGUACAAGCACUUGAAGAGCUAAGAGAUACUCUUAGCAACACAGAACAUCAGGCAGCAUCUCUGGAAGACAAGCUACGGAAUGAAAUUGAUCAUCUUCAGAAGCGUUGCCAGGCAACUGAAAUGCGCUACGAAGAGCUGGUAUUAAGAGUACCUGAGUCCACAAGACCAUUGUUGCGACAAAUUGAAGCAAUGCAGGAAAGUGCAGCAAUGCGUGCUGAAGCAUGGUCUGGCGUGGAGAGAAACCUCAAUUCCCGUGUCCAGGAGGCAGAAGCAAGGGCUGCAUCAGCAGAAGAAAGAGAGAGAGCUAUGAAUGAGCGUCUUACUCAAACAUUAUCUCGAAUGGCAGUUUUGGAAGCUCAGGUUUCAUGUCUGAGGGCUGAACAAGCACAAAUCAGUCGUUCGUUAGAAAAGGAAAGACAAAGGGCAUCUGAAAAUCGUCAAGAAUAUCUUGCUGCACUAGAAACAGCAGCCAGUCAGGAAGGUCGUGCUAAGCAACUUGAAGAGGAAAUAAGAGAACUGAGGAAUCAGCAUAAGCGUGAUAUGGUGGAAGAAAUGGCACGGCGACAACUACUUGAGCAGGAACUAGAACGGGAGAGGACUACUAGAUUAGAUCUUGAAAAGACAGCUCGUAGUGAGGCAUGGCCAAGCUUAGAAAAGAAUGAUACCUCUAAAUACACAAACUCUUAUUUAGAUCAUGGAGCAAGCAAUAAUCUAAGGCGAUUCUCAAGUGCUGGGAGUGCAAGUAGCAUGGAAGAAAGCUUCUACUUACAGGCUUCAUUGGAUUCUUCCUCAGAACAGGCCCCCAUUGACAGGAGAAGCACUGGUGAACUUGGACCAUCAGCUUAUUUUGGAAAAAGCUUUGCGCCAGCCACAAUUGAACAUUUAGAAGCUACUCUACGUCAAAAGGAUGGGGAGUUAGCUUCCUACAUGACUCGUUUGGCCUCUUUGGAAUCAAUACGCGAUUCGUUAGCUGAAGAGUUAGUUAAAAUGACUAAUGAGUGUGAAAAACUACGAAUAGAGGUAGCUGCUUUGCCUGGGUUAAGAGCAGAACUAGAAGCAUUAAGACGUCGACACACAUCUGCUUUGGAGCUUAUGGGGGAGCGUGAUGAGGAGUUAGAAGAACUUAAGGCUGAUCUUGCUGAUGUCAAGCAAAUGUACAGAGAGCAAAUAGACAUGCUUGUCAGCCAGAUUGAGAAGUUGAGUUCUUCUCUUGGCAGCAAAUGACUUUAUUGGAUUUGCAAGAGGUCAUAUGGAGUCCCAUGUGGGAGGAAAUUUUAAAAUUUAUUUUGAAUAGAUUUGUUCAUUGCAGAUUAGCUCACAACAUUUAGAUUAGCUUUCUUCAAUCGCUUUUGUUGAUAUACUUGUGUUGGAGGUAAUGUUUAUGAUUGAAGUUUCAUUGGAAUAUGCUCUGCAUCAUAAAUUAUGUGAAUUGAUGAUUCCUCUACCUCUGUAAUCAACGAGUUGUCUUUCAUAUUCUUUGCUUCAACCUUCAAGCAAGGAUUGAAUUGUAUGAUAAAUAAUUGGCAAAAAAGUUCUAUUUGCUUUAA